GCCGUCGCUCUCAGCCCGCACUGCAGACCAACGGUACCGCGGACCCAGCGGCUUGGCGCUCCCGUCCGCCUCGCUCCCCGGGCGGGACCGGCUCCGCGGCCUCCCCGCUCCCUCAUGGCGCUGCUCCGACGACCGACGGUGUCCAGUGAUUUGGAGAAUACUGACAUAGGAGUUAAUCCUAAAGCUAAGGGCCAUGUGACCGUCAGGCGUGUGGUUUUAGAGGAAAUUGGAAAUAAAGUUAAACCCAGGGCAGCGCAAGUAGCUAAGAAAGCUCAGAACACCAAAGUGCUCAUUCCGCCCACCAAAGCGACCAAUGUCAGCAAGCCACUGAAACCUACUGCUUCUGUGAAACCAGUACAGAUGGAAAUGUUGCCUCCGAAGAGCUCUUCUCCCACCCCUGAGGAUGUCUCCAUGAAGGAAGAGAACCUCUGCCAGGCUUUCUCGGAUGCUCUGCUCUGCAAGGUUGAGGACAUUGAUAAUGAGGACUGGGAGAACCCUCAGCUGUGCAGCGACUACGUGAAGGACAUCUACCAGUAUCUCCGGCAGCUGGAGGUUUUGCAGUCCAUCACCCCACGUUUCUUAGAAGGGAGAGACAUAAACGGACGUAUGCGUGCCAUCCUGGUGGACUGGCUGGUCCAAGUCCACUCCAAGUUCCGGCUGCUGCAAGAAACUCUGUAUAUGUGCGUUGCCAUCAUGGACCGAUUUUUACAGGUUCAGCCUGUUUCCCGGAAGAAGCUGCAGCUGGUUGGGAUUACUGCUCUGCUCUUGGCUUCCAAAUACGAGGAGAUGUUUUCUCCAAACAUCGAAGACUUCGUUUACAUCACAGACAAUGCUUAUACCAGUCCUCAGAUCCGAGAAAUGGAGACUCUAAUUUUGAAAGAGCUGAAAUUUGAGUUGGGACGACCCUUACCACUACACUUCCUAAGGCGAGCUUCGAAAGCUGGGGAGGUGGAUGUGGAACAGCACACCUUAGCCAAGUACCUGAUGGAGCUGACUCUUGUCGACUACGACAUGGUGCAUUACCACCCUUCCCAGGUGGCAGCAGCCGCUUCCUGCUUGUCUCAGAAGGUGCUGGGCCAAGGAAAAUGGAACCUAAAGCAGCAGUAUUACACAGGCUACACAGAAAAUGAGGUCUUGGAAGUCAUGCAGCAUAUGGCCAAAAACGUGGUGAAAGUCAACGAGAACUUAACAAAAUUCAUCGCCAUCAAGAACAAGUAUGCCAGCAGCAAGCUCCUGAAGAUCAGCACCAUCCCUCAGCUGAACUCCAAAGCCAUCAGAGACCUCGCCUCCCCUCUGAUGGCAAGGGCCUAGGCACUUGCUCCUGCUGGCUUGGAACUCCUGAUUUUGUACAUAGUCCUUUAGUCUACACCGUGAAACCUUCUCUCAGACUAAUUUUCUAAAUGUAUAUCAAAGAAAAAUAAAGCUAUUCAUUUUUCGUAAGGGCA